ACACUGGGAGCCGCGGACGGCGGGCGCGGGCUGGGCCGGGUCUGGCGGCGGCCGCGCACCCCGCGUCGUCUGGGGUACUGUUGCGUGGUGCGCUGAUGACAGGCCCGACAGGCCCGACACGCCCCCGCUGACGUCCGCGAUCCCGUCUUGGCUCAGCCUCUCGCAGCCUCGCGCUCGUGGGAGAGUCCCGCCUCCUCCUGCGAACCGCACCACCCAGAGCCCGGCGUGCGCCCUUGGCCCGUCUCUGACGGAAGCCGGGGCGGAAGGUCGGAGUCCGGAAGAAAAACAGCUCGCGAGAGCGAGGCGUCCGGCCGGCCGCCGGCAGGGCUGCUCUGGCCGGGACCCGCUGGCCGGGAGACGCGAACCUGCCGGACCAGCGCGCGGGGACGACGGCGGCCAUGAGCUCGCGGAAGCUGAGCGGGCCGAAGGGCAGGAGGCUCAGCAUACAUGUCGUGACUUGGAACGUGGCCUCAGCAGCGCCCCCUCUAGAUCUCAGUGACCUGCUUCAGCUGAACAACCAGAACCUGAAUCUUGACAUAUAUGUCAUUGGUUUGCAGGAACUGAACUCUGGGAUCAUAAGCCUCCUUUCCGAUGCUGCCUUUAAUGACUCGUGGAGCAGUUUCCUCAUGGAUGUGCUUUCCCCUCUGAGCUUCGUCAAGGUCUCCCAUGUCCGUAUGCAGGGGAUUCUCUUACUGGUCUUUGCCAAGUAUCAGCAUUUGCCCUAUAUCCAGAUUCUGUCGACUAAAUCCACCCCCACUGGCCUGUUUGGGUACUGGGGGAACAAAGGUGGGGUCAACAUCUGCCUGAAGCUUUAUGGCUACUAUGUCAGCAUCAUCAACUGCCACCUGCCUCCCCACAUUUCCAACAAUUACCAGCGGCUGGAGCACUUUGACCGGAUCCUGGAGAUGCAGAAUUGUGAGGGGCGAGACAUCCCCAACAUCCUGGAUCACGACCUCAUUAUCUGGUUUGGAGACAUGAACUUUCGGAUCGAGGACUUUGGGUUGCACUUUGUUCGGGAAUCCAUUAAAAAUCGGUGCUACAGUGGCCUGUGGGAGAAGGACCAGCUCAGCAUUGCCAAGAAACAUGACCCGCUGCUCCGGGAGUUCCAGGAGGGCCGCCUGCUCUUCCCACCCACCUACAAGUUUGAUAGGAACUCCAACGACUAUGACACCAGUGAGAAAAAACGCAAGCCUGCGUGGACCGAUCGCAUCCUGUGGAGGCUGAAGCGGCAGCCCCAGGCUGGCCCCGACACUCCCAGACUGCCGGCCCCAGACUUCUCCCUGUCUCUGAGGAGCUACAGCAGCCACAUGGUGUACAGCAUCAGCGACCAUAAGCCUGUCACCGGCACUUUCGACUUGGAGCUGAAGCCGUUGGUGUCUGCUCCGCUGAUUGUCCUGAUGCCCGAGGACCUGUGGACCGUGGAGAAUGACAUGAUGGUCAGCUACUCGUCAACCUUGGACUUCCCCAGCAGCCCGUGGGACUGGAUUGGACUGUACAAGGUGGGGCUGCGGGACAUUAAUGACUACGUGUCCUACGCCUGGGUUGGGGACAGCCAGGUCUCCUGCAGCGACAACCUGAACCAGGUACGUCACCAGCACCAGGUUUACAUCGACAUCAGCAAUAUCCCUGCAACUGAAGAUGAGUUUCUCCUCUGUUACUACAGCAACAGUCUGCGUUCUGUGGUGGGGAUAAGCAGACCCUUCCAGAUCCCGCCUGGCUCCUUGAGGGAGGACCCACUGGGUGAAGCACAGCCACAGAUCUGAGCCAGGAUGGGAGUGAAUCCCAGGAGGCGGCCAGAGCUGGCAGCCAGCUCUGCCUUUCCACUGCCAGGAGUGCUGGGGGCCCAGCCUGACCCCCUGAAGAGACAGCCAAGUGUUCUCCGCAUACGCCUCCCAGAGUGAGCUCUAGCCAGACUCCUUUGCUCUCUCCACUACUCAUCUCUGGAAUUAGCCACUUAAAUACAGGUUUUUGUUGCUGA